UCUUUCAGUUAACUCCCUGCUUCAGAAAGGAGUAAUUACAGUGUACCUAAAGCGCAGCAAGAGCGAGAGAGUUCGCCCAAGGACUUCAGGAGAGGAGGGCGGGCAUGGUGUUGUGGGUGAGACUGUGGAGCACAUAUCUCCACGGCCUCACCAUCGCCGUUUGUCUAUGGGUCACCAUCCUCGUGCCUCUCACCAUGGCACCCCACAGCGCCUCACUGUCGAACCAGAGAAUGGCAAUUUUGGCCUCUCCACCUCGGAUGUUAGCCUCGACUCAAGUAGUUCAUGCAAUCCAAGUUACAAGUAUGGAAACCAGGUGUCUUAUGCGGGUGGGUACUAUGGGUACCCCGUUAGUCAGGGGUACCCAGCAGCUGACCGACACAGCAGAAGGAUGCAUCUGGUAGUGCCAAGGGGAAGUGGAGGAGAAGAUACUCUUGGCAUGCAACGAGAGAAGGUUGACCGAAAGACUUCACUGCCAAAUUCCCUUGAUAACCAGCAGCAGCAGCAAGCAGCUGAGCCUAAGCCCAGCAGUCUGUCUCCAUCACGGUCUGUAUCACGUGGUGCCCUGAGCAAGCAGUACUCCCUGCCUGCUAGUGCUCGCAACACCCGCUACAUGCCACGCCACCCGCCACUCCCUUCCGCCAUGACCGCCCUCAGUAUCAACACCACGAGCACGCCUUUGACCAUCCACACGUCCGCACCCACUCCGCCUCGCUGCAUGCCCCUCACGACCACCGCCCCCACGUCUCCCGCGACCUGCACUCCCCGCGCCACGAGAGUCCCCACCGGCCGCGAGAACUGCACUCCCCACGGCUAGAAAGUCCACACUUGCCGAGGGAGUUGCAUUCGCCGCGGGUGGAGACUCCCGUGGUGGCCUCGGUGGUAGUGGACGAGCCGCAGGAUCAGCCGACGUAGGGGCGAAGAGGUCCGGGGGUCCUGUACGUCAUCUAUGAAGUGGAUGAAUCUAAUCCUGAUGGCCAUGAGGAGGCUGUCACAAGCUUUAUUGAAGAUAGUGAUGAAAUUUUUCCAGAGAAGAGCAUAGAAUACUGCGGAGAGAGUGCGGAUGCGUUUAGUAGUAAAGGUGUUAGUGAAUAUAACAAAGAAAGUUUAAGUGUUUAUCAUGAGGAAAAUGAGCAAGAAUAUGCUAAGAAAAGUAGUGAAGAAAAUGAAGGGAAUAAUAAUGAAUCUGUGGAAAAACAUGAUACCAGAUAUCAAAGAAAAAAUAGUGAUGAGCAUGAUAAGAGAGAUAGUGAUGAAAGUCCCAAAAAGAGUGCAAGUGAAAAUCAAGGGGAGAAA